AUGGCCUACGAUGAGUUGAUAGCAACCAUAACCCUGGUUGGCAGCCUGCUCUCGUUUGCUGCUACCUGCUGCGUCCUCGCCUCAUAUGUCGUCUAUCACAAGCAGCAGCGCUCGUUCCGCCAUGCCUUGGUACUCAACCUCGCGCUUGCAGAAUUCAUCAAUUCGUUAAACAACUCCAUAUCAGGCAUUGUACAUGUAAAGAGCCACAAACUCUCGCCAAGCCCAGUAUGCACACUCAAUGGCUGGGUCGGACAACUGUCUGUGCAGGCCGCAGACUUCUCGAUCCUCGCCAUAGCGCUGGUGACAGUCCUCACCAUCACCCGCAAAACAUACAUGCCCAAUGCAUCGCUUGGAAGGAAAGUCAUGAUCUGCAUGUCCGUCUGGAUUGUUCCUCUCAUUACCAGUACCAUCGCUACUGGCUUGCAGACAAUGGUCCCCGUAAGCGGCAACUGGUGCUGGAUAUCAGCAAAGCGUACUGACCUGAGAUAUGCCCUGGGACAUGGUUGGCGCUUCGCAAUCAUAUUCACAACGAUCGGCGUCUACAUUUACGUGUGGUGUUAUAUGCGCGGGCACUUUCAGAUGAUGGAGAGCACGCAGGUAAAGGGAUCAAUCGAUACGGGCCGCAGUUUCCACAGCAGGAGUAUUAGUGGCACAACUCUCAGAAGUGGCAGCUUCGCCAAAGAGAAGAAGCAAGGGAAUGGGCAUGGGUCAGUUUACGACGAAGAGCUGCAGUUGGAGUAUAUGCGAAUGCGGAAGGAGAAUCACCACGCGCAGGCCUUCAAAUUCCCUGCAUACAGCACGGACAACAAGUCCACUUUUGCCGUACACGAACACAGCGCCGAUAACGUGGAUUGCGAAGACCGAGACGAGGAGGUAGCGCCGCACGUUAUGAAGGAUAAGGAGUCUACUUCUGGUCACAAUGGCCUGCACUUUCCGGUUCCCAGCUCGAAGCUACCCGAACCUACCUCUCUUCUACCAAAACAACCCAGCGCCAUAUACCCCGGCAACAACAAACCCUCCGGACCAACCUCGCUCUACUCCUCCACCACAACCAUCACCAACAACCACCCCCGAAAAUUCAGCACGGACACGCUCCCACCCGCCCCCACCGCCUCAACCACAACCAUCCACCCGCUCCUCUCCCAGCCUCCUCCUCCUCCUCCUCCUCCUCCUUCGGUCCCCACAACCACAACCACAACCGUCACAACAACAACCAAACACCUCUCCCUCCCCUCCAUCUCCUCCUACGCCCGCCGCCAAUCGCACCAGGUCGAGCGCGAGAUCAAGCGCAUGCUCCUCCUCAACGCGUAUCCGAUCAUGUACGUCAUCCUCUGGCUGCCCGGCAUCGUCAACCGGCUGCUGGAGGCGACGGGCCACGAGAGCAAGACGCUGGCCGUGCUGCAGAGCAGCAGCCAGUACGUCGGUUUCGCCAACGCGCUGACGUAUGGGUUCAACGAGCAUCUGCGGGAGAGGAUAAAGGGGGAUCUGGGGAGGUGGGUGCGUGGGCGGUGA